AUGCCUUCUUCCGAAACUUCUUCGUCAUCAUUCUCAACCGAUGACCAUAGCGUUGACGACUCAUUGUCUUCAGGAUAUUUUUUUACAUCCUCUUCAGCAGGAAACUACUCCAUCGAUCUCUCUAAACCCAAGAUCUCUCCCUUGAGCUCUUCUCCCGUGCCAAAUACCCCAAUCACCCCUACGAGGGAGCAAUGGCGUAUUUCACCUCAUCGUCUUCGUCUCUCCUCCUGUCCAUGUACCAACCUCAAACCCAAGAAAUUCCAAACGAUGGUCGCAUCAGAGGAUUACCUGAGGUUCAAUAUGGACCGAUUUGACAAGCUUCUCACUCGUCUUUGUAAGAAGUCCAACAUCCCACGUAUAGCCCAGAAAGUAGAGUUGGUCUUGAGGGGUCUGAGAGAAAGGGGACAUGAAUUAUUUCAUUUUGUAGGUAGAACAUUGACCCAAGAGGAAGGUGGGAAUGGAAGAAGUGGAAUGAGUAUAUUUCUGAUGGUUCCUGAUCCGAAUAAUUUACUUGCUGGUCACAAGAUACUAGCUGAGAUACUUAUACAUUCCCGGAUAAUGGGGAAGGGUAAAGAUCAAUAUGAGAUUGCAAGUAGGUUCUACGAAGAUUAUACAGAUUGGAUCCUUAUCCAACCUUACGAAUACCUAUCUGAUACUAGAAGUCGGAAGAUCGAAUAUAUUAUACCUGAUAAGAAAGAAAAUAGAUCUUGGGAAACAAUAAUCAACGAUCUAUUAUCCAAGAUCCGUCAUGUAUAUUCUGGUCUGACUGUCUAUGCAGGAGGUAUCAUACCUGUUGUCACAAGGACGACUAAAGAGUUGAGAGAAGAUGAAUGGAGAGUAUAUGCUUUUGAGAUGGAAUUGGUUUAUAGGAAAACUUCGACCGAUAGGUAUAUAAAGAUGAUUAGGAUUGGAUUGAAAGUCUUCCCCAUCCAAGAGAACAAACGUAAUUCGGUGUCUUCGUCAAAGGCUACGAAAGAAGAGGAGAUUGGAGCGAUUAUACUGUUAGAAAUUAGGGAUGAUAAGAUCAAGAAUACGUUGGUUAUGUAUAAGGACGAUUGGCCGGUAGUUCAUUCUUAUAGGGAUGUUAUACCACCCCCGGAUCUGAGUGGGUUAGAGAGGUUGGUAGAAGGUUAG